UGCCUACUUCUGAAAGUUUGCGGAAGUUUGUGUUUACAUCAAUAGUUGAAGAAGUCAUCUGCCAAGAGGCUCAAAUUACAAGGAAACCUCGUUUUGUGUUUGAACGUCGAUAGAUGGACCUCAGCUCAGAGAAAAUACACCGGACCCUGUCCAAGUACAAAUUCCAUGAAGUUGCUGCUGAGGAGCUGCAGAAAAUCCAUCGGAUCUACCCUGGGAUGAAACCCAGCACAGGCACAUACACUUUCAGCGACAGCACGCAAAAAGAUCUCAUUAAAUUAAUCGGUAACAUCCCUGUCCAGUAUGAAGGCCGUUCCUACAACUUCCCUGUUCUGCUGUGGCUGCUGGACUCAUUCCCCUUCGCUCCCCCCAUAUGCCUCCUCAGACCAACUGCUAACAUGGUCAUCAGAGAGGGCAAACAUGUCAAUGCACAAGGACGGAUCUACCUGCCCGGGCUGCACAACUGGGAUCAUCCAAAAUCAUCCGUAGUGGGCCUUCUGAAUGAGAUGACUGCCAAGUUUGCGGAGGAUCCUCCGCUGUCCACAAAGUCGACGGGAGAAGAUAAAGACCCCCAGGAGCUUCUUGCUUUUGUCUCUAAUCUCCAGAUCAAUGAUGGUGGAAGCAGGAAUCACCAUCAGCUGAACAACAAAGUCUCUGUUGUUGGUGGAGGAGAUUUGGGAAUGGCGACAGUGAUGAGCAUUUUAUCAAAGUGUCAAGUGGAUAAACUUGUUUUCAUCGAUGUCGCCGAGAGUUCCACCAAAGGCGGCAGCACAGAUCUGGAGAUCUUCAGUCUGCCUAAGGUUGAAGUAUCUAGAGACUUUUCAGCCUCUGCAGGCUCCAGGGUUGUCGUGGUGACCGCAAAUGCAUGGAGCAGCGAGCAGUCGUAUGUAAGCGUGGUUCAGACUAAUGUGGACUUGUACAGAGGAUUCAUCCCAAACCUCGCACGUCUCAGCCCGAACGCAGUCAUGAUUAUCGCUUCACAACCAGUUGACCUCAUGUCCCAAGUUGCCUGGAGGCAGAGUGGCUUGCCUCCGACACAUGUGAUCGGAGCCGGUUGUAACCUUGACUCGGAGCGACUCAGUCACGUUCUGGAUAUAAACCUGAACACUCACAGACCAGCCUGGGUCAUAGGAGAGCUGUCAGACGACAAAGUUCCCGUGAUGAGUAACACACAGCUGAGCUCCUCUGUGCAACCAGAGACGGCUACGGGAUCCGCCUCUACCAAGCCACUGCUAGACAGAGCUUUUGAGAUGAUAAAGAACAGGGGUCAGAGAUCGUGGUCUGUGGGUUUGUCCAUCGCUGACAUCACAAACAGUGUCCUGUUGGAUAAGAAGAAGACGCACUCUGUCUCCACGCUGGCUCAGGGCUGGUGUGGCAUCGGUUCAGAGGUAUUCCUCAGCCUGCCGUGCAUCAUGGGAGCCAAAGGUUCCACACGCCUGGCUGGAGUGUCCCUCGGACCGGAGGAAGACGCCAAACUGAGGAACAGCGUCUCUUCCCUAGCUAACCUCAUGAGUCAGCUUAGGUUAUGAAGUACACCAUUUUUCUCAACAUUUUGGGCUCUAACUGGACUGCUCACUGGCAGCAGGGCACUUUUCCACUCAACACACCCCCAGUGAAAUGGACCUUUCCCGUGCUGAGGUACUGGCAGUUUCAGUUGGUUACUUACACCCUUUGUUUUAAAACUUGAAACACAUUGCUCUCUAAAAUAUGUUUAAUUUAAUCAGGAUUGUUUCUAUGCUUUCUUGGCAACAAUGAUGAACAUGAUUAACAUAUAGGAAUAUUUAGCAUUUGGUUAUUUAGAUGUUUCAGGACUGAGAAGGUACUCACUCAUUCACUCACAUUUUCAAUUUUAAAACUAUAAAUGCACUUUCAUAUCAUAUUCUUGAAGUCCGGAAAUUCUACACCAAUGCAGCUUUAAGAAAAGUGAUCCAUGAAGUUUUAUAUUUGUCAACGAUUUUAUGUGAAUUUCACCAAAGAUGGAUGUGGCUCUAUUUGUUAUUUUUAUACUAACCCUUGCUUUACAUAAUCAGGAUGAGAAAAUCAGGAUGUUUGUACAUUAAGUAUAGUUCUUGUUCAUAAUAUGCCGCACAGGGUCUGGUGUCAGUUCCCUAGAUGAAGUACAACUUGUAUAUGUUGCCGUCUUUAUUUAAAGAAAAUAUGAAAAAGCUUUUUAACCACCAUUCUAUUUAAAUCAUUUAUGUUUACUUUGAGUGAAAUGCUUUGCACUGCUUUUUCCUAAGAUAUGUACAGGGAGACUACAUGGUUUGUGGGUUUGCAAUAAACGUCUGAAACAAUA